GUAAAGCAUUUUCUACACUUACAUAUUUCAGCAAGAGUUUUAGAGUGAGCAGCCAUGAGAAGUGCACGAUGAGGGAUGAGGGAGUGGUGUUACUUCAUGCCAUAAAUCUUACAACAUCAUGCUGAAAACCUCUUUAUAAGAACCAUAUACCUUCAUAGCACUGUGAAUAAUAUUCAUUAGUUUGUUAGUAUGCGCUAGAUUUGCGGUACUAUGUCUUUUACGUGGAAAACGUAUUUUAUUAUUUUGAUCUUAUGCCAGUUUCAAGUUUCAGCUGAGAGUUCAGAAUCAACAAGAGACAGCACUGUUACAACUACAUCAGAUACAACCAUACUAAUUAGUGACUCUGCCACAACAACUGAGAGUUCAGAAACAACUACAGCCAACUCUCCUAGAACUACACCAGAUGCAACUAUAACAACUAGUGACUCUAUUACAACAGCUGAGAGUUUAGAAACAACAACAGCCAACUCUCCUACAACUACACCAGAUACAACUAUAUCAACUACUGACUCUGCCACAACAGCUGAGAGUUCAGAAACAACUACAGCCAGCUCUCCUACAGCUACACCAGAUGCAACUAUACCAACUAGUGAAACUAUAACAACAGCUGAGAGUUCAGAAACAACCACAACCAACUCUCCUACAACUACACCAGAUGCAACUAUACCAACUACUGACUCUGCCACAACAACUGAGAGUUCAGAAACAACUACAGCCAACUCUCCUACAACUACAAUAGAUGGAACUCUGCCAACUAUUGACUCUGCCGCAACAGCUGAGAGUUUAGAAACAACCACAGCCAACUCUCCUACAACUACACCAGAUGGAACUAUACCAUCUACUAGCUCUGUCACAACAGCUGAGAAUUUAGAAACAACCACAGCCAACACUCUUACAACUACACCAGAUGAAAAUAUAGCAACUAGUGACUCUGCCGCAACAACUGAGAAUUCAGAAACAACUACAGCCAACUCUCCUACAACUACACUAGAUGGAACUCUACCAACUAUUGACUCUGCCACAACGGGUGAGACUUUAGAAACAACCACAGCCAACUCUCCUUCAACUACAUCAGAUGCAACUAUAACAACUAGUGACUCUAUUACAACAGUUGAGAGUUUAGAAACAACAACAGCCAACUCUCCGACAACUACAUCAGAUGCAACUAUAACAACUAGUGACACUAUAACAACAGCUGAGAGUUCAGAAACAACCACAGCCAACUCUCCUACAACUACACCAGAUGGAACUAUACCAUCUACUGGCUCUGUCACAACAGCUGAGAAUUUAGAAACAACCGCAGCCAACACUCUUACAACUACACCAGAUGAAAAUAUAGCAACUAGUGACUCUGCCACAACAACUGAGAAUUCAGAAACAACCACAGCCAACUCUCCUACAACUACAUCAGAUGCAACUAUAACAACUAGUGACACUAUAACAACAGCUGAGAGUUCAGAAACAACCACAACCAACUCUCCUACAACUACAGCAGAUGCAACUAUACCAACUACUGACUCUGCCACAACAACUGAGAGUUCAGAAACAACUACAGCCAACUCUCCUACAACUACAAUAGAUGGAACUCUGCCAACUAUUGACUCUGCCGCAACAGCUGAGAGUUUAGAAACAACCACAGCCAACUCUCCUACAACUACACCAGAUGGAACUAUACCAUCUACUGGCUCUGUCACAACAGCUGAGAAUUUAGAAACAACCACAACCAACACUCUUACAACUACACCAGAUGAAAAUAUAGCAACUAGUGACUCUGCCACAACAACUGAGAAUUCAGAAACAACUACAGCCAACUCUCCUACAACUACACUAGAUGGAACUCUACCAACUAUUGACUCUGCCACAACGGGUGAGACUUUAGAAACAACCACAGCCAACUCUCCUUCAACUACAUCAGAUGCAACUAUAACAACUAGUGACUCUAUUACAACAGUUGAGAGUUUAGAAACAACAACAGCCAACUCUCCGACAACUACAUCAGAUGCAACUAUAACAACUAGUGACACUAUAACAACAGCUGAGAGUUCAGAAACAACCACAGCCAACUCUCCUACAACUACACCAGAUGGAACUAUACCAUCUACUGGCUCUGUCACAACAGCUGAGAAUUUAGAAACAACCACAGCCAACACUCUUACAACUACACCAGAUGAAAAUAUAGCAACUAGUGACUCUGCCACAACAACUGAGAAUUCAGAAACAACCACAGCCAACUCUCCUACAACUACAUCAGAUGCAACUAUAACAACUAGUGACACUAUAACAACAGCUGAGAGUUCAGAAACAACUACAGCCAACUCUCCUACAACUACACCAGAUGCAACUAUACCAACUAGUGACACUAUAACAACAGCUGAGAGUUCAGAAACAACCACAACCAACUCUCCUACAACUACAGCAGAUGCAACUAUACCAACUACUGACUCUGCCACAACAACUGAGAGUUCAGAAACAACUACAGCCAACUCUCCUACAACUACAAUAGAUGGAACUCUGCCAACUAUUGACUCUGCCGCAACAGCUGAGAGUUUAGAAACAACCACAGCCAACUCUCCUACAACUACACCAGAUGGAACUAUACCAUCUACUGGCUCUGUCACAACAGCUGAGAAUUUAGAAACAACCACAACCAACACUCAUACAACUACACCAGAUGAAAAUAUAGCAACUAGUGACUCUGCCACAACAACUGAGAGUUCAGAAACAACUACAGCCAACUCUCCUACAACUACAAUAGAUGGAACUCUGCCAACUAUUGACUCUGCCGCAACAGCUGAGAGUUUAGAAACAACCACAGCCAACUCUCCUACAACUACACCAGAUGAAACUAUAUCAACUACUGACUCUAUUACAACAGCUGAGAGUUUAGAAACAACAACAGCCAACUCUCCGACAACUACACCUGAUGCAACUACACCAACUAGUGACUCUGUCACAACAACUGAGAGUUCAGAAACAACUACAGCCAACACUCUUACAUCUACACCAGAUGAAAAUAUAGCAACUAGUGACUCUGCCACAACAACUGAGAAUUCAGAAACAGCCACAGCCAACUCUCCUACAACUACACUAGAUGGAACUCUACCAACUAUUGACUCUGCCACAACAGGUGAGACUUUAGAAACAACCACAGCCAACUCUCCUUCAACUACAUCAGAUGCAACUAUAACAACUAGUGACUCUAUUACAACAGGUGAGACGUUAGAAACAACCACAGCCAACUCUCCUACAACUACAUCAGAUGCAACUAUAACAACUAGUGACACUAUAACAACAGCUGAGAGUUCAGAAACAACUACAGCCAACUCUCCUACAACUACACCAGAUGCAACUAUACCAACUAGUGACACUAUAACAACAGCUGAGAGUUCAGAAACAACCACAACCAACUCUCCUUCAACUACAGCAGAUGCAACUAUACCAACUACUGACUCUGCCACAACAACUGAGAGUUCAGAAACAACUACAGCCAACUCUCCUACAACUACAAUAGAUGGAACUCUGCCAACUAUUGACUCUGCCGCAACAGCUGAGAGUUUAGAAACAACCACAGCCAACUCUCCUACAACUACACCAGAUGGAACUAUACCAUCUACUGGCUCUGUCACAACAGCUGAGAAUUUAGAAACAACCACAGCCAACACUCUUACAACUACACCAGAUGAAAAUAUAGCAACUAGUGACUCUGCCGCAACAACUGAGAAUUCAGAAACAACUACAGCCAACUCUCCUACAACUACACUAGAUGGAACUCUACCAACUAUUGACUCUGCCACAACGGGUGAGACUUUAGAAACAACCACAGCCAACUCUCCUUCAACUACAUCAGAUGCAACUAUAACAACUAGUGACUCUAUUACAACAGUUGAGAGUUUAGAAACAACAACAGCCAACUCUCCGACAACUACAUCAGAUGCAACUAUAACAACUAGUGACACUAUAACAACAGCUGAGAGUUCAGAAACAACCACAGCCAACUCUCCUACAACUACACCAGAUGGAACUAUACCAUCUACUGGCUCUGUCACAACAGCUGAGAAUUUAGAAACAACCACAACCAACACUCUUACAACUACACCAGAUGAAAAUAUAGCAACUAGUGACUCUGCCACAACAACUGAGAAUUCAGAAACAACUACAGCCAACUCUCCUACAACUACACUAGAUGGAACUCUACCAACUGUUGACUCUGCCACAACAGGUGAGACUUUAGAAACAACCACAGCCAACUCUCCUUCAACUACAUCAGAUGCAACUAUACCAACUAGUGACUCUAUUACAACAGGUGAGACGUUAGAAACAACCACAGCCAACUCUCCUACAACUACAUCAGAUGCAACUAUAACAACUAGUGACACUAUAACAACAGCUGACAGUUCAGAAACAACCACAGCCAACUCUCCUACAACUACACCAGAUGAAACUAUAUCAACUACUGACUCUAUUACAACAGCUGAGAGUUUAGAAACAACAACAGCCAACUCUCCGACAACUACACCUGAUGCAACUACACCAACUAGUGACUCUGUCACAACAACUGAGAGUUCAGAAACAACUACAGCCAACUCUCCUACAACUACACCAGAUGCAACUAUACCAACUACUUACUCUGCCACGACAGCUGAGAGUUUAGAAACAACCACAUCCAACUCUCCUACAACUACACCUGAUGCAACUAUAACAACUAGUGACUCUAUUACAACAGAUGAGAGUUUAGAAACAACCACAGCCAACUCUCCUACAACUACACCUGAUGCAACUAUACCAUCUACUGGCUCUACCACAAUAGCUGAGAGUUUAGAAACAACCACAGCCAACUCUCCAUCAACUACAUCAGAUGCAACUAUAACAACUAGUGACUCUAUUACAACAGUUGAGAGUUUAGAAACAACCACAGCCAACUCUCCUACAACUACACCAGAUGGAACUAUACCAUCUACUGGCUCUGUGACAACAGCUGAGAAUUUAGAAACAACCACAGCCAACACUCUUACAACUACACCAGAUGAAAAUAUAGCAACUAGUGACUCUGCCACAACAACUGAGAAUUCAGAAACAACUACAGCCAACUAA